AAUAAGAUAUACUAUAUUAUUAUUUAUUUAUAUAUCCUUCUAGAUUGUCAUGGUGCCUAAAGGUUGAUUUUGUUUUUAGUUUGAUAAUUUCAAUUUACUAAGCCCUUAAAAGACGAAAAAUGAACAGAAUAAUUUUAAAUCAUUGUCGGUGUUUAAAAAAAUCGACUUUACAAUGGGAGACAAGACAGUAUCAAAACUUUCCAUACUUAACACUCUCAAGGUCAUUAUCUUAUUACACAACUCAACCCAUCGGAUUGCAGUAUGAUAUUAGUCAGAAACCUUUCAAUACAAGAGUGUUUUAUCAUCCUUAUGUACGAACAAUAUCUACUAGUAAGGUGUACUAUGAGAAGGAGCCCUUGAAGCCAUCUUCUAAGGUAGAAGCGACAGUUGAAACUGUUAAAAAAGGUAUGGAGGAGAAGGAAAACCUGCCGAAAAAGGAAGAAGUUAAGAAGAGUUUAAAAGAAAGAAUUAUGGGGGAAUUGCGUCACUAUUACCAUGGCUUCAGACUACUGUUUAUUGAAGUCAGAAUAUCUGCCUCAUUAUUAUUUAAGAUUCUAAAAGGUCAUUCCUUAACACGCAGGGAGCAUCGAUUGUUGGUCACUACGAUCGGUGAUUUGUUCAGAAUGGUGCCAUUUAUUGUGUUCAUAGUUGUACCGUUCUUGGAGUUCGCUCUACCGGUUUUCAUUAAACUGUUCCCGAAUAUGUUACCAUCUACUUUUGAGAGUCGGAGUCAAACAGAAGCCAAGCUUAAACAGCAUUUGAAGGUGAAAUUGGAGAUGGCAAAAUUCUUUCAGGAAACGUUAGAUCAGAUGGCUCCACAAGCUAGUAACAGACAUUCUGAGCUAGCUAAAGAGUUUACAGGUUUCUUUAAUAAGAUAAGAACGUCGGGUGAUGUGGCAACAAGUGAGGAAAUAAUGAAGUUUUCCAAACUAUUUGAAGAUGAGAUUACCUUAGAUUCGCUUCAACGACCACAUUUGGUUGCAUUGUGUAAAGUUUUGAAUGUUUCCACGAUUGGUACUAGUGCUAUGUUGAGAUUUCAUUUGAGGAUGAAGUUGCGAUCGUUAGCCGCGGACGACAAGAUGAUUGCAAAGGAAGGUGUGGACAGUUUGAAUUUCAGCGAGUUACAGCAAGCUUGCAAAGCCAGGGGCAUGAGAGCUUAUGGAGUAUCAGAGGAGAGGUUACGAAAAGAAUUGAGGAACUGGUUGGAUUUGUCAUUGAACGAGAAGGUACCACAAUCCCUACUCCUGUUAUCAAGAGCAUUGAUGGUUCCUGAGCAUGUACCCACAACGUACAAGCUGAAGGCCACAAUUUUGGCGUUGCCGGAACAAGUUGCUACCCAGACAAGUGCUGCAAUUGGUGAGAAAGAGGGCAAAGUUGAUUUCAAGACUAAACUGGAUACCAUCAAACUUGAAGAACAGAAGAUUAAAGAAGAAAGGAAAGAACUACAAGAGGCGGAAAGAGAGAAAGAGAUGCUUGAGGCCAAGAAACGGGAGAAAGAAGAACUCAAGGAUAAGGCUCCAAUUCUUGAUGACCUCAGCACCCCGGUAAUGGUGGACCCUGCACCGGUUAUUGCAGUGGACGCUGUUAAGCCAAAGACCGAAGAAGGCCUGUCUGGCAAAGAUAUUGAAGUGAUUGAGGAUGCUUUAGAGAAAUUAGCUAUACAGAAGAAGUCUCUCCUCCUGGAGAAGGAGAGUAUCCAGGAGCUGAAGAGUGAGCUGCUGGACUACAGCGAGGAUGUGAAGGAGAUGGACGAGAUUGUCAAGACUAAACAGGCUGACCUCAAACUCACUAAGGGUGCUAGGAGAUUAUACCGAGCAGUAAACAACAUGAUAAGCAAGCUAGACGCGGUCCUCAUCGAAUUGGAGAAGAAAGAAGAAGCGUUAAAGACAACGCUUGAGCAAACCAAGUCCGAGCCAGAGAAGGCAAAAGAGCAACUCAUACAAAUUGAUGAACUGAUGCAUUCCAUUAAGAGUCUACAGAAGGUCCCGGAUGAAGCCAAGCUGAAGCUUAUACAGGAUGUGUUGGGAAGGUUGGAUGAUGAUUUUGAUGGGCAGUUGAAGAUUGAUGAUGUAUUGAAGAUGCUAGAAAUAGUAGGCAACGAACAUGUGAACCUGUCAGAGAAGCAGAUGGCUGAGCUGAUUGAACUCCUGGACAAGGAGGAAAUCCUAGAAGUGGAGUCCAAGAUACAGAAAGCGCUGGCGAAGGCUGCCAGUGCCGCCAAGGAACAGGACAAGGCUGAUUCUGACGGCAAGAGUCUAUUCGAUCUGAUCCGAGAAGCGCAGAAGCGUAGAGAAAUGAAGAAGGCAGUGGAGAAGUUUGGAGAACAGCGGAGCAGCAUUCCCAAGAGCGAAGACAUCGUUACCAAGAGCGAAGACAUCGUCACCAAGCAGGAAACACCCAAACGACCAGAGAGCCACUAAAACCACUAGAAUUACUAGAAAUUAGUGUAUUUCGACACAGUGAUUGUUUUUUUUUUUUUCUAGUGAAUUAUGUAAAUAUGACUGUCGGUUAGGUUACGCUUAUCAGCCAGUUUGUGGUGACUUUGCUAGGAUGUCGUUUAUUGGGGGUAUUUGACUAUUUUUUUUAAUCAUUGUAGGUAAUAAAUACUAAAUAUAGAAGCUGAAAUCUUGUAUUUCCUUGAUGACACCUGUAGGCCGAUUCCGGAAAAUCUGCAUCAAUCAUUAUUACAAUCACAAUAGUUGUGAUUAGUUGAAUUUAUGGUGUUCUUGUCGCAACAAUGUAUUGUAGUCAAUAGUGAGCGAGCGUCAACCAAUCAGAGGUGAUUGCUAUCGACACGUUACAGAUGUGAUUUUACAGCAGUCGAACCACGGUUUUUUUUUUUUCCACUGGCAAAAUAACCACUAAUUUGCUACUUUUUUACUCAGGGCUAGUUUUAAUUAUACAAGUCCAAAACGUAUCGUACUGGACUCUUACAACAGAAAACUAAUACUUACCAGAUACGGACGAAAAGACUCUGCAAAGACGUCCAAAUAAUUAGGGACUCUUAUCACGACGUAAUAAAGUGCAAUUUAGCUCGCAUAGCGCUACGUCCUAAAGUUUAUGUUAAGCGUCUCUAUCUGUGUUACUCUUAUCUCUCUCUCUCUCAGAAGAGAUGAUAGUAGAAGGAGUAAGCCUAUAUGAUUCCGAGUAUGUAUGAUGAUAAGUCGUGAUCAUGUGAUUUCUUUGACCUCAUUAUAUUCUACUAGUUAGGCCAUCUAGCGUUUUUUUUUUACUGCUAGUCGAUUGCGGAAAAGCUCCAUCAAUCAAUGUGAUUGGAUGAGUUUGUGGUUCUUUAGCCAGUAACGAGAGAGCGAAAAGUGAUUGCCAUCCUCACACUGUAGUAUAUAAAAGCAAAAUGAUUCGUUUUAUAUCAUUUUUAGCUGGCCAAAGGUAUGGGCUUUUUUUAACAAUAA